UGAUGGCGAUGAUGACGAUGGCAACGAUGAGGAUUAUGACAAUGAUGUUGAUGGCUUUGAUGAUGAUUGUGGUUUGCUCUCUCAGUCGCGCUCUGAUCCUUCCGGCCCAUUUCCCCUGGAGAAAGAGGGAGAGGAAAUCUCCAUGGACUCCCAGCGCCAGAAAGGCAGCUCCGUACUUACAGCUCGCUUCCUCUCUCCUCCCUCUCCCCUCCUCGUUCUCUUCUCUCUCCACUCCACUACCUGUGUUGAGGACUUGCACUCGGAGGAUGACGGGGUUGAUGCCACAGGCACAUCCCACGCUCGAAACUCGAAUGUGUGCUGAGGAACACCACGCGUGUAUCCGCCGAGUGGCGCGGGUCUGAAUUGAACAUUGGCGAGAUCACGUUAUGAUGGAUAGUUUACGGAGAAGGCCGUGUGUGCUGCUACUCCUCGUCCAUGUACUUUUUUUGUUCGCCCUCAAACGCACUUGCGCGUCAGAGGCAGAGAAAAGGCUCCUGGACUAUCUGCUCCAGAAAAACAGAUACAACAAAGACAUUCGCCCGGCCAUCAAUAACUCGCAGCUGGUUACAAUCGCCUUUCACAUCUCCCUGUGCCAGAUCGUCAAUGUCGAUAUAAGGGAGCAGAUCAUGACGACCAACGCGUGGCUCACCCAGGAGUGGAUUGACUACCGGCUCAAGUGGGCCCCAGCUAAUUAUGAAGGAUUGGACGAGACGCGGCUGCCCUCCAAAGAGAUCUGGCUGCCCACUAUCGGCCUUAAAAAUAAUGCUGACGGCAGGUACAGGGUUUCCUUACACAGCAACGCCAUAGUGACCUCGGAUGGGAACGUCACAUGGAAGCCGCCUGCCGUCUAUAAAAGUGCCUGCAAGAUCAACGUCAAGCACUUCCCGUUUGACCAGCAGAAUUGCACCAUGACAUUUCGCCCUUUGGUCUGUGACAACAACGAGAUAGACCUGGUGCUCAAGCACGACUUGGCCAAGUUGGACGACUUCACUCCGAGCGGCGAGUGGGACAUCGUGUCCUUGUACGGCCGCAAAAACAAGGACCCUUCUGACCCCGCGUACGUAGACAUCACCUACGACUUCAUCAUCAAGAGGAAACCUCUCUUCUACACCAUCAACCUCAUCAUCCCGUGCGUGCUCAUCACCUCGCUCGCCAUCCUCGUCUUCUACCUGCCGUCUGACUGCGGCGAGAAGAUGACCCUGUGCAUCUCCGUGCUGCUCGCUCUCACCGUGUUCCUGCUGCUCAUCUCCAAGAUCGUGCCGCCCACGUCCCUGGACGUCCCGCUCAUCGGCAAAUACCUGAUGUUCACCAUGGUGCUGGUCACCUUCUCCAUCGUGACGAGCGUCUGCGUCCUGAACGUGCACCACCGAUCUCCGAGCACGCACACCAUGCCGAACUGGGUCAAGAAGGUCUUCCUGCACAAACUGCCCAUGCUCUUGUUCAUGCAGCGGCCCAAGAACAGCUCGGCACGCGACCGCAUGAGACGAAAACAUUUGGGCGCCUCGUUCGCGUGCAAGGUGCACGGCGAGGGUGCGGACGCGUGCUUCGUGAACCUGGCGUCCGCCAACAAGUACGGCUUCAAAAUGCAGGAUCUCUCGGGCCCCUUCCGGAACAUUUCCGAGCUGAGGUUCCGCACGUCGUCCAAGUGGACGCCCGAGAUGCAGGAAGCUGUGGACGGGGUCAGGUUCAUCGCGGACCACACCCGCAGCGAGGACGAAGACCAGAGCGUGAUCGAGGACUGGAAGUACGUGGCCAUGGUGAUCGACCGCCUCUUCCUGUGGAUAUUCGUGGUGGUGUGCGUGGUGGGGACCGUGGGGCUCUUCCUGCAGCCGCUGUUUCAGAACUACACGACGCCAACCAUCGCUUAGCUAUUACAAUGGGGGGAAGGGGGGGAGCUUCCCACAGCAGCAAACAACAGCCGCCCCCCCCCCCCAAUAGCCGUCCUCUCCCAUACCUUUGAAAAUGACUUAAUUGCUUAUAAUAUACCAAAACGCCACUCAUACGUGUCAUGUAUAUGGAUAUACAGUACGCAUUUCUCUAGACCGAGCUUUGUAUAAGAGUACAUGAAAAUUCAAGCAAACCACACAAAUAUUAUGAGCGAGCCACGUGCUAUCACGGGGUUAAUGAACACUGCCCCCCAGCUGCGGCAGACAAUAUGCGUAUGCGGCAAUGGGACGAUCACUGAGUGGCUUUGCGCUAAAGAAUUGGAAAAAUAAGUUUUUGCAUUCGAGUUUUCAAAUAGUAAGUUGAUUGGCCAUGCAGUGACCGGAUACAUUGAUCGGGUCUGAUCGGUUCUGCAUUCAGGGAGCCAAUCGUAGUCUUCACCGGUGUGGGUGAUUGAACCUCACAGGUGAUGGGUCUAGUCAGUCAAUGGGCUGGGAACAGUGAAUAGCCAUGAGAGAGAUAUAUAAAGGAGGAAUAACUUGGAUAGAAGGUGCAGCAACUGGAGCGUGGCAGCACUACGGACGAGCAGGACAUCACUUGACCAGCCAGGGACAACGGCCAGCAGAGAGGCGUUUGCGUUAUAGAAAGGACCAGUCAGGGAGACUAUAAGUAAACCUUUACACCGAUGAUACAUUUUGAGGGUGUAUCUAUGGGUAGAAGGGGAGCUUAAUAGGGUUCCCCUUGAGAAUGCAAGGAUCCUGGUGGGGGAGCCAAUCUGAGGAGCAGAGGUGACCAAGUACGGGAGUCCAAGGCCCAGAAUCCUCAGGUACCUGCAUUAAUUUCAUAAAAGGAGACUGGGCACCCGCCUUGCGCGACCCAUAGCAUUGCGGAUAUACUAACAGCCUUGCGUGACCCAUGGCGUUGCAGUUUUGUGCGACCCAUAGCGUUAUGGUUAUACUAACAGCCUUACACGACAUAGCAUUGCGAUUAUACUAACAGCCUUGCACGACAUAGCAUCGCGGUUAUACUAACAGCCUUACACGACGUAGCAUUGCGGUUAUACUACCAGUCUUGCGUGACCCAUAUCGUUGUGGUUAUGCGAACAGCCUUGCGUGACCAUAUCGUGGUUAUGCGAACAGCCUUGCGUGACCCAUAGCGUUGUGGUUAUACUAACAGCCUUGCGUGACCCAUGGCGUUGCAGUUAUACUAACAGCCUUGCGUGAUCCAUGGCGUUGUGGUUAUGCUAACAGCCUUGCGUGACCCAUAGCGUUGUGGUUAUGCUAACAGCCUUGCGUGACCCAUAGCGUUGUGGUUAUACUAACAGCCUUGCGUGACCCAUAGCGUUGUGGUUAUACUAACAGCCUUGCGUCACCCAUAGCGUUGCGGUUGUACUAACAGCCUUGCGUGACCCAUAGCGUUGCGGUUAUACUAACAGCCUUGCGUGACCCAUAGCAUUGGGGUCGGGCAUGUGAGCUCUGCUUUAGGGUGCAUGUUCUGAGCUGUGGGUGUUUCGCUGAGAUGAACACGGGAGCGGUAACUGUGGAUACGUAGCGAUGGUUGCACAGAAAGGUAUGGAACUGAAUGUGCCCAUAACUAAUUUAGGGUGGGUGAGCGAGGUUUGUAAGCAGGAGUUCUAGCGGGUGCACAACAGUAAGCCACAGCCAGUUUUCCAGGGGAUCACCUUGUCUAACACCGCGUCGAUUUGACCUUAAAAUGUGUUCGCAUGCACGGGGUGGUACCAGCGUCGUGCGACUCGUAUCUGAUACAGUUGAUACAUGGGCUAGUGACUGACAAACUAUGCACCAACUGGCCGAGCAUGAGUUUGUGUGAUUUGAGUGAGCGUGUCAUUUGACCACGAUCGCGUUGGUGUGUGUUAGACGUAACGGGGUGCCCGGAUUGUGUCGGCACUCUGCCCUUCUAUCUGUAAUAUCCCACGGUGAGCUCCGUUAAAGUGAACUCGGACCCUAACCUGGUGGUGGGGGUGUGGAUUAAAUGACUUGCAUGACAUAACCGCGGUUGGGUAAGUGAAGAAGAGAGUUCACGUGAUUAAAAACACACGCAACUUAAUGCGUGCUGCCAUUCAACGCACAGCUCACCUGUUGUGAAGUAAAGUGUGGGAUACUUAUGCAUCUUUAAAAUGUUUGGUCAUCGUGGAAGAGUAGGCCAAAUAGCCAUCUUUGUGGAAUGGCAUGAGCAAGCAAUUGCAGGACUGCACCUUUACUUUUCACACUCCGUCAAGCGAGGCAAUGAAGAGCCGAGAGUUUGACUCUCGUCUGGGUAGAACUCGUUUUACAAUAAAUGAAUUGCACAGUCGA